UGGUUUAAAUGAAAUCACUUUGUAAAGAUAAACAAAGCCAAGAACGUUUAAAUAACCCGCAAGACAUUAUUUCACAUUAUUCGUGUUGGUAGAUUACGAAAAGAACGUUUCCACGAUGAAAUCUUUAAUGUUAGUUCUUGUACUGACUGCAGUUGUAUGCGUUUCUCAUGGCCAAAAAUCGCAUUCACGGCGCGAAACUAAACUUACAAAAAGGAAUAAGUUUUUACCAAAGCAGCACUUGGAAGAGUAUUGUGUUGAAAAUGUUUGCAACGGAACGGACAACUAUCCAGCAAAGUACAUCAGCAAACUGUUGAUGAAGAGCAAGGGUUAUCAAGGUUACAAUGGAACUGUAAUCGAAUUAGUGGAGAACAUUGGUAUUCAAUCUAGAAUUAACUACGACGUCGAAAAGAAUAUGUGCACUACAAGAGAGACUUUGAUGUACCCGAGGAAAGCUAUGAAUUUGGAUAUGCAAUGGAAAUUCAUUGUCCAAGAUGAACAGUAUAUGAGACAGGCCGUGCAUUUCGAAGCUUGUUCGCAGAAAGCGAAAUGUUUCGCGGAUUCUUUUAUUCCCAAUGACUAUAAAACCUACUGCAAAACUAAGAGGAUUGCCAUCAGACUUCUCGCGUUGACGGAAAACGGACAGAUCAACAUAGAUUACUUCCAAAUGCCAGCCGGUUGUGUCUGCUCGUACAAAACCAUGAAAGUCACCAAUAAAGAAUAUAAAAAUUAUAAUUAUUAAAAUAAUUGCAAUUAUUAAAAAAAAAAUGAAAUUAAUUUAAUUAUUUGUUGUACCAUUACU